AUGGUCACAGCAUGGCUUCAGUCUUUGUGUCUUCUCACACUUCAUUUGACAACUGGAUUUGGCCAAGAAGGGAAGUUUAGUGGGCCCCUAAAACCUAUGACAUUUUCUAUUUUUGAAGGCCAAGAACCAAGUCAAAUCAUAUUCCAGUUUAAGGCCAAUCCUCCUGCUGUGACUUUUGAACUAUCUGGGGAAACCGACGGCAUAUUUAUGAUAGAACCAGAUGGACUUCUGUAUUACACCAGAGCCCUGGACAGGGAAACAAGGGCUACUCAUCAUCUCCAGCUUGCGGCCCUCGAUAGUCAUGGAGCUACCGUGGAGGGUCCAGUCCCCAUCACCAUAGAAGUGAAGGACAUUAACGACAACAAACCCAUGUUUCUUCAGUCGAAGUACGAAGGCUCUGUGAGGCAGAACUCUCGCCCAGGAAAACCAUUUAUGUAUGUCAACGCUACAGACCUGGAUGAUCCAGCCACUCCCAAUGGCCAGCUUUUCUAUGAAAUUGUCAUCCAGCUUCCCAAGAUCAACAAUGUCAUGUAUUUUCAGAUCAAUAACAAAACUGGGGCAAUAUCACUGACUUAUCAAGGAGCUAAGGAAUUAGAUCCUGUUAAAAAUCCUUCCUAUAACCUGGUGGUCUCCGUGAAGGACAUGGGAGGCCAGACUGAGAAUUCCUUCAGCGACACCACAUCUGUAGAUAUCAUAGUAAAGGAAAACAUCUGGAAAGCACCUGACCCUGUGGAGGUUCUGGAAAACUCAACUGACCCUCACCCCAUCAAAAUCACUCAGGUGCGGUGGAACGAUCCAGGUGCACAAUAUUCCUUAGUUGAAAAGGAGAAGCUACCAAAAUUUCCAUUCUCAAUUGACCAGGAAGGAGAUAUUUAUGUAACUCAGCCCUUGGACCGAGAGGAAAAGGAUUCACAUGUUUUUUAUGCAACUGCAAAGGAUGAUUAUGGAAAACUACUUGCACUUCCACUUGAAAUUCAUGUGAAAGUUAAAGACAUUAAUGAUAAUCCACCAACAUGUCCAUCUGCACUGACUGUAUUUGAGGUCCAGGAGAAUGAAGUAUUGGGUAGCAGUAUUGGGAUCUUUACUGCCCAUGAUAUGGACGAAGAAAAUACUGUCAAUAGUAUACUGAAGUACAAAAUUGUGGACCAAGCGCCCAAAUUUCCUUCAGAUGGACUCUUUCUCAUUGAAGAUUAUCAGGGAAAGGUCCAGUUAUCUAAACAGUCUUUGAAGAAGCAAGAUACUCCUCAGUACAACUUAACAGUAGAGGUGUCUGAUCAAGAUUUCAAGACCCUCUGUUUCCUGCAAGUCAACAUUAUUGAUAUCAAUGACCAGAUUCCCAUCUUUGAAAAAUCAGAUUAUGGAAACGUGACUCUCCCUGAAGAUACAGCCAUUGAAUCCAUUAUCUUAACCAUACAAGCCACGGACGCAGAUGAACCAUUUACUGGGAGUUCUAAAAUCUUGUAUAAGAUUGUUCAGGGAGACAAUGAGGAAAGACUGGUUGUUGACACAGAUCUCCAAACCAAUGCAGGAUAUGUCAAGAUUAAGAAGCCUCUUGAUUUUGAAACAGCACCAGUUUCCAACAUCAUGUUGCAUGCAGAAAACCCAGAGCCUCUGGUGUCUGGCGUCCUAUAUAAUGCCAGUUCAUUUGCUUCAUUCAAACUCAUUGUGACAGAUGUGAAUGAAGCACCUGUAUUUUCCCAAUAUCUGUUCCAAGAAAAAGUCAGUGAAGAUGUGGCUGUGGGUACUAAAGUGGGCAAUGUGACUGCCAGGGACCCUGAAGGUCUGGCCGUAAGCUAUUCACUGAGAGGCGAUAAAAGAGGCUGGCUUAAAAUUGACUCAGUCACCGGUGACAUCUUUAGCGUGGCUCCGCUGGACAGGGAAGCUGAAAGUGUGUAUCGGGUGCAAGUGGUGGCCACUGAAGUAGGUGGGUCUUCCUUGAGCUCCACAGCAAAUUUCCACCUGGCCCUCACGGAUGUGAAUGACAACCCCCCGCGCCUAGCCAAGGAUUACACGGGCUUAUUCCUCUGCCACCCCCUCAGUGCCACUGGGAGUGUCAUCUUUGAGGCCACUGAUGAUGAUCAGCAGUCAUUUCGGGGGCCCCAGUUUGCAUUUUCCCUUGGCAGUGGAAGUUUGCAAAAUGACUGGGAAAUUUCCAAAAUCAAUGGCACUCAUGCCAGACUCUCCACCAAGCACACGAACUUUGAAGAGAGAGCUUAUGAAAUCCCAAUCCGCAUCGGUGAUGGGGGACGGCCACCCUUGGAAGCAGUUGUCUCCUUACCAGUUACUUUCUGCAAAUGUGUGGAAGGAAGCUGUUUCCGGCCAGUAGGUAACCAGGAAGGGAUACCCACUGUGGGCAUGGCAGUUGGAAUACUUCUGACCACCUUUCUGGUCAUUGGUAUCAUUUUAACAGUUGUGUUUGUCCGCAUGAAGAAUGAUAAAGGCAAAAAUAAUGUUGAAAAUGCUCGGGUCUCUGAGCUCAGACCCCUGAGUGGCUGAAUUUGAACAACCAAUGGCUGAAUUUAUGCAUCAACUGUGAUUUCGGCAACACAGCUGUUGAGGCUCAUAAUUUUACUCUUCACCCGACAUGUGAACUAUAAUUUUGAUAGGUAUUCCUUAUUGUCCUUUCAUAUUUUACUACUUAGAAAUUUCAUGCACUAUAGACAUUAGAAAUAUUUUCCAUCUUCCCAUGACAAGCCUUAGUUGCUUAACCCAGACCAAAAAAUAUAUGUGUUUUCCUCCUUUGGGGAAAGAUGAGCUGAUAAAGCUUUCUGUACAUUUUUGCUUCGUAAAGGAGAUUUAUCA